GACGGACCAGGGACAGUGGCAGAAGUCACAAGCAAGGCAGUCAAAGCAGAGCCCUGAGAUGUGGUACCUCCUCCUGUUGCUCUGCUUCCAAGGAAUUGCCUCUUCAGCAGGAUUCACAGCACCCUCCACCAUGAGUGUAGACACAAGCCCGUGCAAGAAGACUCGCAACCCCGAAUGCUUCAUGAACGUUAGUGAAAUUAUCAGAUAUCAUGGGUACCCCAGUGAGGAAUAUGAAGUUACAACAGAGGAUGGAUACAUUCUUGCUGUUUUCAGAAUUCCUGCUGGGAGGAACAGCGGAAUUACAGGGCAAAGGCCUGUAGUCUUCCUACAGCAUGCUUUUCUAGGAGAUGCUACUCACUGGAUUUCUAACCUGAACAACAACAGCUUGGGCUUCAUCCUCGCAGAUGCUGGCUAUGAUGUCUGGAUGGGAAACAGCCGAGGGAACACUUGGUCCUUAAAACACAGGACUCUUAAUCCCAGCCAGAAAGAAUUCUGGAAGUUCAGCUUCGAUGAAAUGGGUAAAUAUGAUAUUCCAGCAGAGCUGUACUUCAUCAUGAAUAAAACUGGACAGAAGGAUGUCUAUUACAUUGGUCACUCUGAAGGCACAACUGCAGGCUUCAUAGCAUUUUCUACAUACCCUGAGCUGGCUCAACGGGUGAAAGUAUUCUUUGCUCUGGGUGCAAUAACUACAUGCCCACAUGCUACAAGCAUUCUGGUUAAGAUAACAAAUCUUCCUGAACCACUGCUCAGGUUAGUAUUAGGCUGCAAAGGAGCCUUUCACCAGAUUGGAUUUCUGAAAGGACCCGUGACACAGUUAUGUACAAGCCUGGAUAAGUUUUGUGCCCACGUUCUCUGUUACAUAGCUGGAGGAAGCAUAAAAAAUCUGAACACGAGUCGAAUAGACACAUACGUAGGACAUUCCCCAGCUGGAACAUCAGUACAGAAUAUUAUUCACUGGCAACAGUUAGCACAUACAGACCAAUUUCAAGCUUACAACUAUGGCUCUAAGGAAAACAUGAAGAAAUACAACCAGACUGCUCCUCCUGUGUACAACAUAGAGAAGAUAACUAUACCAAUUGCUGUUUGGAGCGGAGGGGACGACACCUUUGCAGAUCCAAAAGACAUGGCAAGGUUACUUUCUCAGAUUAGUAAUCUCAUUUAUCAUGAGCAUUUUCCUACAUGGGGACACCUUGAUUUCAUCUGGGGCCUUGAUGCAACUGAGAAAAUGUAUAUGAAAAUCAUUGAACUACUAAAAAAAUAUGAAUGAAAGCUGAAAAUGGGAAUAUAUUUGAGCAUUUACUUAAUUUGAACAGCUUUUAUUUCUAUGAGACUGAUUUGCCUAAGCUUAAAUUCUGUUUUUCUCAUGUAUAUCUUAUGUACCACAUUGAGGCAUUUCCAUGCCCAAUUUGUGUCUUCCUAUGGAGACCCAAAAGUGUGAUUUGAUCAUUUCUCUGUUGAAAUGAGCACCUUUGUUUACAUUAAA